CUUUUUCCUUUCGCUAUCACUUGGUUCCUGACCACUAACACCCACAACCACAACCACAAACAAAACCACCACCGCCGCUGAGAUCACCACUUCUACUGCACGCGAAUCUUUUCUUCAGCGCACUGUUUCUGCCAUAUACCCUUUACUUGAUACUUGAUUACAUUCGCAAUGCCGUCGACGCACAAUGUGGACAAGCCGUGGGACACGGACGACAUCGACAAGUGGAAGAUUGAAGAGUUCAAGCCGGAAGAUGCCAAGUGCGGGCCCUUCCAAGUUGAAUCGGACUUCCAAGUGAAGUUUCCCAAGUACCGGGAGACGUACCUGCGCCAGGCGUGGCCGCUGGUGACCCGCUCGCUCGAGAAGAUGUUCAUCGCUUGCCAGCUGGAUCUGAUCGAUGGCUCCAUGACCGUCAAGACCACGAGGAAAACUUACGAUCCGAGCGCGAUCCUGAAGGCGCGCGAUCUGAUCCGGUUGUUGGCCCGGUCAGUGCCCGUCCCCCAGGCGGUCAAGAUCCUUGAGGAUGAUAUGGCGAUGGAUAUCAUCAAGAUCAAUGGCAUGGUGCGGAAUCGGUCAAAGUUUGCGAAGCGGAGACAGAGAAUUCUGGGCCCCAAUGGAAGUACGCUGAAGGCUCUGGAACUCUUGACUGGAUGUUACAUCCUCGUCCAAGGAAAUACGGUGUCGUGCAUGGGUGGGUACAAAGGCCUGAAGGAGUUGCGGAGAGUGAUUGAGGAUUGCAUGAAGAAUAUUCAUCCGAUUUACCACAUCAAGGAACUCAUGAUCAAGCGUGAGCUCGCCAAAGACCCUGCCCUUGCCAACGAGGAUUGGAGUCGUUUCCUUCCUCAGUUCAAGAAGCGCAAUGUCCAGCGCAAGAAACCGGCCAAGAUUACCGAUAAGUCCAAGAAAGUUUACACGCCCUUCCCUCCAGCACCAGAGAAGUCCAAGGUGGACCUGCAAAUUGAGAGCGGAGAGUAUUUCCUUACCAAGCAGGCAAAGGAACGUGCUGCCCGCGAGGAUCGAGAAGAUAAGAGGAAAGAAAAGCAGAAGGAGAAGCAAGUGGAACGCGAGAAAGACUUCAUUCCUCCCACGGAAGAGGGCGACCAGAAGAAGUCAAAGAAGCGCAAGCGAGAAGGCGAGACAAAGGAAGAGCGCAAAGCCCGUAAGGAAGAGAAGAAGAAGAGAAAAGAGACUGUCAUAGACGAGUCCGACGAUUAGUUCCUGUGCCUUACACUCUCGUCAUUCUUGCAUUUUUCGACUUCCUGGAGAUUUGUACUUUUUUUACUUCUUUUUGCAUAUGGCGUUUCUGAGCGAAUUUCACUGUUUCUGCUGGCUUACAUAAAUUGAUUUGCCUUAAUUGAUUGUUUUUGUCUGAGCCCUCGC